AGCCGCCAUGAGCAGAACGAGUACUGUUGCUCUAAACUGCAAACUGUGGCAACAGUAUGUCUCAAAGUUCCCCUAUAUUUCCCACGCAAUCUCUUGCGGCAGGAUUUAAAACUGACUUGGACAAAGUGGUAAAAAAGUUUUCCGCAACAGACUGUGUUCGGUACGAGGUGUUCGCAGAGAUAUGGCGGGAGAUGAAACUGAACUUCUUGUGUGCAGGGCGACAGACCGAAAGAGAGGCCCGCGAACUGAUGGAGAUGGUGUUUGAGAUGACCAGUGUUCUGUGGUUCCCUCCGUCCCCAUUCCAGACACGAGUCUGCGCCCUCUACAUGCUGUAUGGCCUCUACUGCACCCAGCCCUGUCAGCCACGUGUCAAGAUACGACUGACUGCAUCCCAGUGGACUCAGGUCUUGAAUUUCAUGAAGACGUUGGAAGAACAGCAUCAUCUUGACGUCAUUUUCAUUCUCAACAAGCUACGAGCCAUACAUGCUUUUCACUUCGUAGCCACCAAGAAUGAGCAUUUCCCCCAGAGUAAGGAGGCAGAGCCAGAGUCAGACCGCUCUAAGGACCCCAUGAAGGAGGUGGAAGAGAGCUUAAUUAGGGACAUCAUUAAUGCUGAUCUGCUGGAGCAAAUAGAAGCCCUGCACACACAGUAUUACAAUGUGAAAUGUUCACUGGCAGGCCCUGGAGCGGAGCAGCCCGACCGAUCCCUGAAUCUCCUGAAUGGUAACAUCAUCCUCAACAUCAAAAAUAUUUUACAGAGAUUUGAGGGAAGACGUAAGGCUAGAUAUCAGAACCCAGGCCACUCAUCAUCAGGAGACAGUAGCGAGUCUGAUCCAGAAUUUAAACUUGUACGUAUAUUUUUGUUAUCAAAGGCCCAUAACUCCAUGAGGGGAAAUACAUUAGUUACAAGUUGCAUUCAUUUAGUGUGUGAGAGAGGCAAUUCAUGCUUUACUGGGCCAUACGCGUGAAGGUCUGACAGCAACCUGCUGACGGUCGUGGGUUUCUCCU